UGUACGCAGUAAGUUAGCCUGCUAGCAAAGUGGUCCUAGUUUUGUCACUGGGUUGACUGAAGUAAUGUUAGCUAUUUUACGCUAAUGUUUGAUUUCGUUAGCGUAGUCGGUAAAUGGGCGGCCUUUAAUAGACACACCCAUUUAGUAAACUUAGGCAACUAUAAAGCCCAUCGGUACCUUGCUUGCUAGGUGAAGCAAAUGUCAAACUUUACACAGUGGCCAUUGUCAGAGAGAGUAAACGGUGUUAGCGGUAGACCUACGCCCUCUGACUACGUUUAACAGGGGAAAUGGUCAUUGACAUUUGAAGCCAAUAGUAGCAUGGCGGGGCAGUGCGUGGCAAAGGUGGAACUGACAGUGUCUUGUGAUAAUCUGCUGGACAAAGAUAUAGCAUCGAAAUCUGAUCCACUGUGUGUCUUGUUGAUGGACGCAUCCGGAUCGCAGUGGUUCGAGGUGGGACGCUCUGAGAAGGUGCAGAACUGCCUCAACCCACAGUUUGCCAAGAAGUUUCUGUUGGAUUACUACUUUGAGGUGGUGCAGAAGGUUAAGUUUGGCAUUUAUGAUAUUGACAACGCAACGGUGGAUCUUAGUGAUGAUGACUUUCUGGGAGAGUUUGAGUGCACCCUUGGUCAGAUUGUCUCCAGUAGAAAACUCACUCGGCCACUGGUCCUGAAGAAUAAGAAACCUGCUGGCAAAGGAACCAUCACGAUCUCUGCUGAAGAGAUAAAGGACAAUAGAGUGGUGAACUUUGAGGCGGAGGCCAGGAAGCUGGAUAAUAAGGAUUUCUUUGGGAAGUCGGAUCCUUACUUGGAGUUCUACAGACAGAUGGAAUCAGGGUGGCAGCUUGCACACCGGACAGAGGUGGUGAAGAAUAACCUGAACCCCUGUUGGAGACCCUUCAGAAUCCCUUUACAGAGUCUGUGUGGAGAUGAUAUGGACAAACCUAUUAAGGUGGAGUGUUACGACUAUGACAACGACGGGUCACAUGAUCUGAUCGGGAUAUUUGAAACUACACUUACGCGCUUGACCGAGGCAUCACGCACAACACCAGCAGAGUUUGAGUGUAUCAACUCGAAGAAGAAGCAGAAGAAGAAGCACUACAAGAACUCGGGAGUUGUGAGCUUCAAGUUGUGCGAGGUUGUGAAGGAGUACACAUUCCUGGACUACAUCAUGGGAGGCUGUGAAAUCAACUUCACGGUGGGAGUGGACUUUACCGGGUCAAACGGUGACCCUCGCUCUCCUGAUUCACUGCACUACAUCAAUCCCAACGGGGUCAACGAGUACCUGAGCGCUAUCUGGUCGGUUGGCAUGGUGAUCCAGGACUACGACAGUGAUAAACUGUUUCCUGCCUUUGGAUUUGGAGCUCAGAUUCCACCUAACUGGCAGGUCUCUCACGAGUUCCCUCUGAACUUCAACCCCACAAGUCCAUACUGCCAGGGUAUUGAAGGCGUGGUGGAGGCCUACAGACUGUGCCUGCCCCAGGUGCGCCUCUACGGCCCCACAAACUUCUCCCCCAUCAUCAACCACAUGGCCAGGUUUGCAAGCCAGGCAGCCAAUCAGAGAACAGCAUCGCAAUACUUUGUGCUGCUCAUCAUCACCGACGGCGUGAUCACGGAUCUGGACCAGACCCGCUUGGCCAUCGUCAACGCCUCCCGCCUGCCCAUGUCCAUCAUCAUCAUCGGCGUGGGCGGGGCCGACUUCAGCGCCAUGGAGUUCCUGGACGGCGACGACGGCCGCCUGCGCGCCCCCAACGGAGAGACGGCCGCCCGAGACAUCGUGCAGUUUGUGCCUUUCAGAAACUUCCAGAACUCUCCCAAAGAGGCGCUGGCCCAGAGUGUUCUCGCCGAGGUUCCUGGUCAGCUGGUCACUUAUUUCAACAUGACCAAGCUCUCCCCGCCUUCUCUGCCCUCCAAGCCAACUCAGAACUGAAUUCUUGUGGCUGAACCCUGUGAGCUGUCAAUCAGACGUUCUCUAAGGCCUACACACACACACACACACACACACACACACACACACACACACACGUGCGCAUCUCUUACAGCACAGUAGUCUCUAACAACCCCCCAGCCACAUAGACUGUUAAGUGAACUGGAGAACCAGAGGUGCUCAUUUCAUAUGCCGUCUUAUCAUACUAACGCACACACAUUUAGGUUUUGUUAUAAUAUGCAAACAGGAUGGCCUUAACACUGCUUUUAGUGCUUUUAGCUUGUGCAUGGCUCUCUUACGACUUACUGGAAUAGUUGGUCAAAGGAGAUUCUCAUGGUCACAAUAGACACAAUAUAACAUUUCCUUCAAACGACAAACUGGAUCGCUGAAACGGCUGUUUUCGAAGCAUAACCGUGACACCAGUUUGUUGUUCUCUGACCAACCUCGACCAAAACAAGCAACCACCUCUACACAUCAUCUCAUAUUCCGUCGGUCGGUGCUUCACCCUCGCUUUUUUGUAAUGCCAUACCAAAUGUUUACACCCUUUAGCAUGCAGGCUACGUGCUGCUCGUCACAUGCCAUACAGCACCCCACAGCAUGCAAACCCAUCUGUAGAUAGACGUUGAGCUGAUGUGAGCGGCUAGCCUCAUGUCAAAACGAACUGUAGCUAGGUCGAGAUCCACUCUGCUACUCCAGUAUCGUCACGUUUUCAAUGCAGCUUUAUCAACAGCACUAGACUGGACUUGCACACUGUUCAGCUGUAAUCCAGCAUUAUUAUCUUGGUGCAAGUCAGUAGAGUGAUAUUGCCAAGUCACUAGAUAGAUACACUCUUAUUUGCCAAGAAAUUUCCUUUUUUAGAGAGAGAGGGGGGGGGGUGGUCACAAGGGCUGGGCAUUUGCACUGUCAAAAGCCAUGAAUCUGAGGAGAUGGUUUCCAGUAUAUGAGUUGUUUUUAUAAUGAAAUAAGUCACCUAACUUUGAAUAAACAUUAUGGCCUAGGUCUCUGCAGUUGGCAUGGGCAUAACUGAUCUCAAAUAAGUUUAGGAAAACGAGAGAUUUGACUUGAUUUGUUAUUACCUUUCAGCUGUUGCACCAGCCUUAGCACUGUGCGUGUUUCUCCAGAAGGGGUCACUGUUCAGCAUCUCUUUCUCAAAGUAUACGUGGCCUUGCACAUAUAUUUUUAAUACGUAUUUAAAUUAUGUAUGUGUCUUAUUUACAUAUUCUGCUAAAGAUAGUAGAUGCCAUAUAUUAUGACUCCAGUAUUAAUUUAGAGCAAUCAGGUAAUGAUAUAAUAAUCAUUUGCAAAUUAAAAUAGGUUUAAGUUUUUUUUUUUUUUUACAAUAUGUAUUUUCAAUCAACUCUCUUUUUUUUGUUUUGUUUGUUCUUUUGUUAACAGCUUUUAACAUUAAAUCAUGUUCUUUUAUAUAUUAUGUGCACUCUGUCAAUACUCUAUGUAUUGGAAUUUGCUUCCUUUCACCACACUUCCCUCCCUUUCUACUAUUAUGCACACACACACACACACACCGCUUUUUGACCAACAGGGAAUCAGUUCCAUUCAGGACUUUUAGAACUUUGGUUCCAUCUAGUGAACCAGCCUGCAUUUCCACCAGUUUUGAGCGGAACCAUUGUAAUGAAGGAUGCGUCAUCAACAGAAGCAAACAGUAGUAGUAGCAGCAGUAGACACCCACUGCUGUAGUUACAGUUCGCACUGGAAAAAAACAGCUAUCUUUCGGUUCAAGCUGGGUUCCGAAGUCCGAACCAAUACAUUUUUGGUCAAAAUGUUCCGAAGUGAACCCGUUCCCUGUUGGUGGAAAAGACCCAACCUUCAGCCAUCCACCAAAAAUGCCAAAGAUGAAAGACUCAAAUAUCCGUUACAUCUUUAUUCCACAGUACUUAUAGAAAUUGAUAACAUACAUAUAAUUAUUUUUUUUUUAACAUGUUUUAAAAAAUAUAGAAUACAUCAUCGUUUUAUUCAAAUAUUGUGUUUUGAGCCCGUGGGCCUCCCAGCCCUGACUCAACACGAACUAUCACAACUGACUGUUAAAACCCCAUAAUCUCAUGUGUAUCUCAUGUCAUUACAGAUUCAUUUGCCUGAAUGCAUAACCUGGAUAUUACAAGGAGGCAAUCCCUGUGUAAUCUUUAUAGGUCAAGAAAUAAAGUUAGCAUAAUCUGCAUUUACAUGUAUGUUUAAAAUCAUGAAUAAUGAAUCACGUUCAAUCUGGGCAUUAAGUGCAAUCCUGCAUGUCAUGUGGACGUCACAAAAGAACAAUCUUGCCUUUUAUCUUGACAUGAUAAUCUUGUAUAAAAAUGUAUACCUUUAGAAUAUACCUCAAUUUGUAACAUGGGUAUGGAAAAAAAAAAACGAUAAUUCGUGUAACCCGACAUAACAGCUGAAUAAACUGCGGUGUGCAAUGGACAUCACAGAAAUA